AUGCAAAAAGCCGCUGCAGUAACAAUUCUAUCAGCACCAUCGAGCCAUAAUAGUAGCAGUAAUAACAUUCCCAGUUGGGAUCUUGGACACAUACUUUACACCAUUUACAAUGUUUAUGGCAACAACAGUGACGGCAGCAGCAGUAACGACAUCAUCAAAAACAACAGCAAGAGCAACACAGAUGGAAAUAAAAAGAAUUUCAGUAGCAUUCAUUUCAUCAGCGAAUUUGACGACACGUGGAACAACAGUACCACAAACGAUAUUCUGAAGUACACCGACGUGGAGAGCAACAACCAAAAAGGACAGAUCUUUCGCAAUUGGCCGGACUUGAUGUUUGAUGGUAAAAAGAGCAGUAGUAUCCCUGAAAACAACAGCAAAAGCCAAAACAACAAAAAAAAGUUCAACCGAACUUACUACGACGUAUUACCUAAUGCAGAUAGCAGGACCGGCAUCAGUAUGGAAAACACUUAUGACAAAAUCAAUGUUAACGACAAAAACAGGAAUAAAGGGUGGAUUGCGUGGAUUGGUGCCCGGCCGCUGUUUGACGACAGGAACAAAACCGGCAAGGCAGCGUGA